AUGACAGUUGGUUUCAGCAACAUCAGCAGUGAUCCCUGCUACAACUAUGAGUCUCUGGAUCGUCCCUGGAGAGCCAACAAUGAAAGUGGAGAUUACAUUUGUGAUGAAUCUUUCUCCUGGAAUGGCUGGUACCGGCUUUUCUACAAUGGAAUGAACAUCCAGAUGUCAGAGACCUGUGUUAGUUCAUACACCUGUAACACAGGCAUCAGUCUGUGGCUCAAUGGUACUCAUCCUCAGAUAGAGGAUGGAGUGGUGACUAGAGAGGUCUGUGGAGGGGGUUAUUCGGUUGGCUGCUGUGAUUACAAGACAAACCCCAUCAGAGUGAAAGCAUGUCUAGGAAAUUACUAUGUCUAUGAACUUGUGAAACCCCAAAUCGGAUGUUCAGGAUACUGCACAGGUUUGCACUUUACUGCUGUUAAGAAGCUCCAGGAAAACAUUGAGCAGGUUCGCAUGAAGAUCAAGCCAAGCAAGUCCAGAAGCAUCUCCAUCAUCAAGGGGAAGCUGCCAGACCUCCGCUUCUACAUCAGCGAGGAACCCAUCCCAACUGUCUCAGAGAAGCCAGUGAAGAGCCUAGAUCGGUGUCCCGCUCUUGAAGGUGGAAAAGCUGGAGAGAAUGGUCAGCUCAUAUGUAAGGGAGUGGCUUGGCCUUCCCAGAUGCUUCAGCAGUUUUGGACUUUACGGCAAAGGGAUGCUACACCUGCCCAUUUUCAGCUGUGUACCAAAGUCAGACUGGAGAUGAUGCUACUGGAUUUGAACGAUCUUUUUGUAGCCCAAGCUGCCCCCAUCUUGGCCACCGGGAGGAAGUGGACCCCGUUGGCUGCAACUGAGCAGGCAAAGGCAGCACUCAGACACAAGGAUGUUGUGGGCCGAGUGCAGGAGGAGGAUGCCUACGAUGUCCUACCUUCUCCCACAAAUCUAAGCCAAUGGUAUGCUGAAGACCCCACGUGCCCUCUAUGCCCACGUCUAGCAACACGGAAGCACAUCUUAGUGGGAUGCAAAACCAGCCUCACCCAAGGCCGUUACACCUGGCGGCACAUCCAGGUGCUAAAGUGUCUUGCAGCAGUGUUGGAAAGUCGACGGACAAGCGUGAAUGCGCUUCCUGCUCCGGCACCCCAGUGGCAGCCAACACCAUUUGUUCGGGAGGGUGAGGGUCAAGCUAACCUCACCACCAUAAGAUCAGACUCUGGUCAGCUGGGCAGAGGAAGGGACUGGAAGCUGCUGGCAGACUUGAACAAGAAAUUCUGCUUCCCAGCUGAAAUCGCAGCCACCAACCUGCGACCAGAUCUUGUUUUGUGGUCAGCCUCGCUCAAGCUUGUCUGCAUCAUCGAGCUCACCGUGCCCUGGGAGGGUGCAGUGCAGGAGGCCUAUGAACGAAAAAGUUCUCUGUAUCUUGGUGGCUCUCAUCCUCGUCUUGAAGAUGGAGUUGUUACUCGUGAAGUUUACGGCGGCUCUCGCUAUCAGUGCAGUCGCUACAGAUCUGAACAAAUCCAAGUUAAAGCUUGUCCUGGAAAUUAUUACGUCUACAAAUUAACCAGACCAACUCUUUCAAUCCCAGAUCCUGUAUAUUGUGCAGUAUUGUUAGCCACCCCAAGCGUUGAUCCCUGCUAUAACUACACCAGUCUGGAUGAGCCUUGGAGAGCCACUGGCCAUUCUAACAUUGGCAUGUGUGAUUAUAAUGUGGAGUGGAAUGGCUGGUACAGGAUGUUCUACAAUGGUCAAAAUACUCAGAUGACAGAAUCAUGUGUUAAUCAUGGCAUGUGUGGUACUCAUUACCCACUGUCACUCAACGGCCCUCACCCACAGCUGGAAGAUGGAGUGGUCCUCCGUCAGGUUAAUAAUAAUGGACACCUCACAUUCAACCAGUCUUCAUCAGUAUAUGUCCCCUACUCAUUCCCCGCUAGAGGAAGCCAAGAUAUAAUUGCAGGUCUCUGGACUAAUCUUGACAACCGUCAGAGAGGUGUAGUUUCAUAUCAACAGUUCACCAGUGGAAAUGUUCUCACACGGGCCAAUCGGGAUAUAAACACACAUUUCCCAAAUCUGACCUUCACCGCCUCUUGGGUCUUUGUUGCAACAUGGGAUAAAGUUCCUUACUUCAACUUAACCAACACAUAUUUCCCAAUCUCCAUGACAGUUGUUUUCAGCAACAUCAGCAGUGAUCCCUGCUACAACUACACAUCUCUGGAUCGUCCCUGGAGAGCCAACAAUGAAAGUGGAGUGUACGUUUGUGAUGAAUCUUUCUCCUGGAAUGGCUGGUACAGGCUUUUCUACAAUGGAAUGAACAUCCAGAUGCCAGAGACCUGUGUUAGUACACGCACCUGUAACACAGACAUCAGUCUGUGGCUCAAUGGUACUCACCCUCAGAUAGAGGAUGGAGUGGUGACUAGAGAAGUCUGUGGUAAUUAUUAUUGGGGUGGCUGCUGUUAUUACAAGACAAACCCCAUCAGAGUGAAAGCAUGUCCAGGAAAUUACUAUGUCUAUGAACUUGUGAAACCACAAAGCAUAUGUUCAGGAUACUGCACAGACUCAAGCACGCUCUCAUCGACAUCUAUUGCUCAUUGAAAUAUAACGGGUCUGUUUUGGUCUCUCACUAACACAGAUUAUGACCCGUGCAGUAACUACAACAUACUCGACAACUACCGGAGAAGCACACUCAAUUACUGGUCUUUUUCAAAUGGACUUGAUGACACUCGUGUAGAAUGGGACGGCUGGUAUCGACUCUUCAUUAAUGGAGCAAGUGCUCAGAUGCCUGAGUGGUGUUUUUAUUACAUGACAUGUGGAGGUUUUAGUUCUCUGUAUCUUGGUGGCUCUCAUCCUCGUCUGGAAGAUGGAGUUGUUACUCGUGAAGUUUACGGCUCUCGCUAUCAGUGCAGUUACUACAGAUCUGAACCAAUCCAAGUUAAAGCUUGUCCUGGAAAUUAUUACGUCUACAAAUUAACCAGACCAACUCUUUCAAUCCCAGAUCCUGUAUAUUGUGCAGUAUUGUUAGCCACCCCAAGUGUUGAUCCCUGCUAUAACUACACCAGUCUGGAUGAGCCUUGGAGAGCCACUGGCCAUUCUAACAUUGGCAUGUGUGAUUAUAAUGUGGAGUGGAAUGGCUGGUACAGGAUGUUCUACAAUGGUCAAAAUACUCAGAUGACAGAAUCAUGUGUUAAUCAUGGCAUGUGUGGUACUCAUUACCCACUGUCACUCAACGGCCCUCACCCACAGCUGGAAGAUGGAGUGGUCCUCCGUCAGGUCUGUUUCUCAGAGGGUGGCUGCUGUGCUUCCAGAUCCCACCCUAUAAGAGUCAAAGCCUGUCCUGGAAAUUACUAUGUUUAUGAGUUUGUCAAGCCAAUGUUUUGUGGUGCUUACUGUGUAGAAAUAUUUUAUCCAUUCGGCUCAGCAGCUGGAGACACAAUAAAUGCUGCUGUUGAUGAUGGAAGCUCCUCAGUUAUUCAGCUGUUGAGUCCAUUUCUGUUCUUUGGCCGCACAUAUCAGCAGAUUUAUGUUAAUAAUAAUGGACACCUCACAUUCAACCAGUCUUCAUUAGCAUUUGUCCCCUACUCAUUCCCCGCUAGAGGAAGCCAAGAUAUAAUUGCAGGUCUCUGGACUAAUCUUGACAACCGUCAGAGAGGUGUAGUUUCAUAUCAACAGUUCACCAGUGGAAAUGUUCUCACACGGGCCACUCGGGAUAUAAACACACAUUUCCAAAAUCUGAACUUCACCGCCUCUUGGGUCUUUGUUGCAACAUGGGAUAAAGUCGCUUACUUCAACUUAACCAACACAGAAACAUUGUUUCAAGUGGUUUUAAUUUCAGGCCGUAAUUUUUCAUUUAUUCUGAUGAAUUAUGGUGACAUUGCUGUAACAGGACAUCCAGUGCAGGCUGGUUAUGACACGAUAAACUCCACACACUACUUUGUGAUUCCUGGAUCGAUCAAUGGCAGCUUCAUCUCAAACCUCAGGAACUCCAGUAAUGUUGAUGUUCCCGGUCGAUGGGUCUUCAGGGUGGACGGUGGACCAGGAAACAUUGUUUUCAGCAACAUCAGCAGUGAUCCCUGCUACAACUACACAUCUCUGGAUCGUCCCUGGAGAGCCAACAAUGAAAGUGGAGUGUACGUUUGUGAUGAAUCUUUCUCCUGGAAUGGCUGGUACAGGCUUUUCUCCAAUGGAAUGAACAUCCAGAUGCCAGAGACCUGUGUUAGUACACGCACCUGUAACACAGACAUCAGUCUGUGGCUCAAUGGUACUCACCCUCAGAUAGAGGAUGGAGUGGUAACUAGAGAGGUCUGUGGUAAUUAUUAUUGGGGUGGCUGCUGUUAUUACAAGACAAACCCCAUCAGAGUGAAAGCAUGUCCAGGAAAUUACUAUGUCUAUGAACUUGUGAAACCACAAAGCAUAUGUUCAGGAUACUGCACAGGUACAGAAAUAUUUUAUCCAUUCGGCUCAGCAGCUGGAGACACAAUAAAUGCUGCUGUUGAUGAUGGGAGCUCCUCAGUUAUUCAGCUGUUGAGUCCAUUUCUGUUCUUUGGCCGCACAUACCAGCAGAUUUAUGUUAAUAAUAAUGGACACCUCACAUUCAACCAGUCUUCAUCAGCAUUUGUCCCCUACUCAUUCCCCGCUAGAGGAAGCCAAGAUAUAAUUGCAGGUCUCUGGACUAAUCUUGACAACCGUCAGAGAGGUGUAGUUUCAUAUCAACAGUUCACCAGUGGAAAUGUUCUCACACGGGCCACUCGGGAUAUAAACACACAUUUCCAAAAUCUGACCUUCACCGCCUCUUGGGUCUUUGUUGCAACAUGGGAUAAAGUCGCUUACUUCAAUUUAACCAACACAGAAACAUCGUUUCAAGUGGUAUUAAUUUCAGGCGGUGAUUUUUCAUUUAUUCUGAUGAAUUAUGGUGACAUUGCUGUAACAGGACAUCCAGUGCAGGCUGGUUAUGACACGAUAAACUCCACACACUACUUUGUGAUUCCUGGAUCAAUCAAUGGCAGCUUCAUCUCAAACCUCAGGAACUCCAGUAAUGUUGAUGUUCCCGGUCGAUGGAUCUUCAGGGUGGACGGUGGACCAGGAAACAGCAUCGUGAAAAACAAUGUCGUUGGAUUACGAGUGAGACUUUCCUCAUUUUUAGACCUGACACAGAUCAGCACUGAAAUAGUUUUACAGCAAAUCAAGCAGGAGCUGGUCAAGUACGGUCUGCCAAACAACAUCGAACUGAAGUUAAGAAAACUGCAAAAGAUAAAGCCGUAAUUUCCUUCU